UGGAUUAAUGUGCGACGGUGAAACGACACCUGUUUCGUGGAUUUUGCAUGCAUCACGGUUUCGGGUUUCAGUUUUUGGUGUAGCAUUAGCAUGGUGUUCAGGCUUGGCGUUACAGUAAUGCGACCCGCGAUCCCGCGUUCUCCCGGUGGCCGCGUACGAGUACAUAUUGGCAGGCGGAUGUGUGGUUUUGAGGACAUUCUUGGUCUUUGCUUGGCAGUGGUACAUUACACAGCGGCAUGUGAAAAUGAGGCAGGUAGGCCAGCAGGCAGCGACGAAAAGGCAAGACAGGGGCGGACGCGUCUCCGCAGGUCAGGUUCGCCCUGCCGCCUGCCUGUGCCGCGUGGUCUGCGCUGCUUGGACAUGCAGCAUUUUGCCGUCUUGGAUUCCUGUCAUUGGUCCCCUCGCUGUUUGCGUGUCCAUUCUUAUUGGUCGAGGCCCUCGUUGAUAUCUAUUGCACUCCUACAUAUGCAUGCUUGCGUGCUUCCAUGGGUGCAUGGGGUUGCUUGCUUCCCCGACUCCGCCGACUGUCGUUCAACGCAGCCUCAUUGCUCACUCCUAGUCGUCUUAUGUCUUACCUGCGCGUCACAGAAAGGCUAUUCUUCGUACAUACAGUGGGGGUCGUACAUAUUUACCUUAACACACUACGUAUGACCUUGUAACGUCUGUCGCCGCGAACCGAGAUCCACCCUCUAGCCAGACGGGGGACGUUACAAGCAGUCCCUACGGAUUGCUCCUUGUCUAGCUACUAGCCCAGACUUACCCUAACAACCAAAGACGUCGCGACAUGAUGCGAUAUCUGUCACUGCGAACCG